GGGAUUUUUAGUAUAAAUCAUAUGUAAGUAAGGUUUAACCAACCAUUAAACCAAAUCCAGCUGAGAAGUAAGGACUGGGAAUGAGAUUAUAUAGCAGAUAAGCUAACUAUACUCACUUGUUAUCCAUAGCAUUUUGGAGGAAAUCUGGCAAAUAAUUCGUUACCUCCUUAGGUAAAGCUGGCUUCCCCUCUGACAUUUCUUGCUAUCAGACGAUGGCUAUCAAGAAGAAGAAGACGCCGAUAACGAAAUCUAAGAAAACAGCCUCAAAGUCGAUAUCUUCAAAGAAAACAAAGGAAAUCAUCAACAACUUCCAUCAAUUGUUAAAAAGACGUAAAACAACAACUAAUGAAGUUGAAAUAAAGGAUAUUGAUAGAGCAAUUGACGAGUUAGGCGGUAUGGAGGCAUAUCAACACGCUUCUACUAUAGGACAGUCUACACCUAGAGGCGGAGAUUCUUCUCAUUACUUUGUCAAAUGGCUUGCAGAACUUGGCGUAAAGAAGAGCUAUGUAGCUGAUAAAGAGAAGAUGUCUUUGCUAGAAAUUGGCGCACUCCUACCAGAUAACUACCACAGCGAGAGGAGCUGGAUAGAAACUGAACUUAUAGAUUUAAAAUCAAACCAUCCAUCAAUUAAAGAACAGGAUUUUCUACAGAGACCUCUACCAAGCAAGCCAGACGACGAGAAGGACGCGAUAUCUUCGUCAUUGGUGCUUAAUUUCGUUCCAACGCCCCAGGAGAGAGGACAGUUCUUAUACCGCCUCAACAGCGUUCUCAAGAUGAAUGGCUGGCUCUUUAUGGUCUUACCAGCUCCUUGUGUAGUGAAUUCGCGGUAUUUGACACGUAAUCACUUCAUCUCGAUCCUAGAAACACUCGGGUUCAAGUUAGUAAAGGAGAAGAUCGGUGACCUACAGAAGGGUUCACGUAUCGCUUACUGGCUACUCCAGAAAACUAGCAAACCUAACAAACCCCCUAUAGAACUUACCAAGAAGACUGUACUAGUAGAUGGCCCAAAGCUUAACAACUUUUGUAUUCUGAUUUGA